AGAUAAAUUGUGCAAUGAGUUUUUAUUUUUGUUUAUAUUUAAUGCUCCAUGCAUGCGCCGUAAGAUUCCGGAAAUCUUGAAAUUUUUUGGCCCUUUUUGGAACUAAACAAGGCCUUAGUUUAAAUUGCAGGCUCUAUGAAAGGUAGUAUCAGAUCAAACUGUCCAAUUGACAGUGAAAACUAGCUAACUACGACAGCUUAUACACAUAACAAGCGUAGAUGGCCGUAUAAAGGUCCUGUUUGGCACAGCUCAACUUCACCAGUGAAGCUGAUUUUUUAGAAAAUAGCUUCAUGAGCAACUUCUAAAAUGAAGCUAAGCUAAUUUGGAAAAAGUGUUUGGUAAAAUAACUUCACUAACUACUUCUUGUAUAGAUGGGAGAAAGAAAUGAGGGAGAGAGCUGCAAUAAGCUAUUUUUUCAGCUUCAUCCCACUCAUGUUUUUGUGAUAGGAGAAGACAAACAGUUUCACCCACGAAGCUGUUUUGGAAACAAGUGUUUGGCAAAAAAAAAACAGCAGAGACAAUCUUUUCUCCUCCAUGGCAGACUUCAGAUUAAUCCACUAGCAAGUCGCCUUUUUCCCAUUCAUCUCCAUCAAGCAAAAGACCGACGACGCAAGAUCCCACGAACACUGAGACAGCAGGCAGGAACGACCGAUCCAUCGGCAUGAGAUUCUUCCAUGGGAAGACCUCCAAGCAGAUCUCGACUCCGUUUGCUUGUCUUAAGCCGUACUUUUUUUACUAACUGUAGUGUUUUUCUCUCAUAUAAAUCAUAUAAAUCAGUGAGUAGUACUUACCAUCGAACAGGCUCCUCGAGGGUUAAGAAGCUUCUCGAGCUUGCCUUGUCCUGCCUCGCUGUUGCACGCAGUCCCCGCCUUGCUCGCAAGUCAAUCUGCCGUAGCGUGCUCUCCUCCGCGUACGGACCUACGAUCUCUCUAAACACACACAUGACACAUGUUGUAGCGUCGUGCUCUUCCAAUGCGGGAGCACUAACGAACCAAUGGUUGCACUACAAUGCAAUCUUGAUUUCUCCACGCAGGCAGAGCAGAUCAUAGAGGAGGAUAACAUGCUGCAGUCGUUGGACAUCAUUGAGCUCUACUGCAAGCGACUCGUUGAGCAUGCCACGCAAUUAGAGAAACCGGAGGAGUGCAGCGAGGCUAGGAGACAAGGGAGGCUGCCGCUGGGAUCAUGUUUGCAGCCAGGUGGUGCGCCGAUCUGCCGGAGCUGCAGUUCGCGCGCACCAUCCUGGAAGACAAGUUCGGCAGCGACGACUUGGCUGCGGCCGCAAAGGAGGGAACCGGCAUUGUCGAUCCCAUGGGAUUGGUGUGGAAGUUAUCCGGGGGCAGAACAAACAUGGAGCUGAAGAAGAAAGUGGUCAACGAAAUCGCAACGGAAAACAAUGUCAUGGUGGAGUCCUCUGAGCUCCAGGAAGCAAUCGAGCACGGCAACAUUGGCAGAAGUCCAUGCUAGGAGUUCGACGAUGAAACAACGUCUCAAGAAGCAAAUGGACGAAAGUUUAGAGUCAGAGUAUGGUCUUCCUUCCCCCACAAAGGAGGAAUGCCUUAGUCUUGGAGCCAGCCAGCUGGGAUCCAGGGAGCAACAAGGAGAAAUGGAGAAUGCAUUUGAGAAUUCCAAUUCCAUUUCUUAUGAUCAAGCAAUUGGCAGCUGAAACCCAAGGCCCAAUAAGUCUCAAAAAUAAUACCUCAAACAACAACAAUAAGAUCUUAAUUGAGUAAUGUUGUGUUGUGUGGGACUCACUGUUCGCUUAAACUGCCGUUUAGACCGUUUACACGCCGUGUAAAUGCUACACAGUGGUACACCCUUUCUGUUUAAUCAUCCCUAGCCCGUUUAAUUGACUGUUUAGCACGUUUAAUGGUCUGUUUAGCCCGAAUAGUGUGAAACGACAAGUGAUCUAUUGCUUACCGUUUAACGUUUAGGAAGAUAUUGAUGGGACUAUGAUAUGUUUUUUUAGCAAAGGGAUUAUGAUUCUUUUGCAUUAUAGGAACCACAUUAUGCGCAUGUCUUGCUUAAUGGAGUUUGAA